UGCUUCUACACACUACGACUCGUUCGGUUCUUUUCGCGGUUGUCUCGUCGGAGUUUACAGUUCUAAGAUUCGGCUUCUCUCUUUUAGGUCAAUUUAUGCCACGCCAAUAUUUACCUCAUUAGGACUCCCUCUCUCUUUCAAAUUCCUUCGUCAAUUUCAUCUCUCUAACCCUCUUUGAUCUUCAAUCAGUCCGAUCUAUUUCCGAUUUUCAUUUCUCAAUCUGGGUAUUCAAGAUCACCAUGUCAAUGUCUGAUUCAGAUACCUCGUCUCAGGGCGGAGAUUCCAAGACCUUUCGCCAAGUCACCCGUGAUCGUCUGUUACAAGAAAUGCUUCGAUCAACAAAGAAAGGGGAUUCAAGGUCAACAUGGAAGGUUCUCAUCAUGGACAAAGUGACUGUUAAAGUAAUGUCCCACUCAUGCAAGAUGGCUGAUAUUACAGAAGAAGGUGUUUCAUUGGUGGAGGAUAUAUAUAAGAGAAGACAACCAUUACCCUCCAUGGAUGCAAUAUACUUCAUGCAGCCAACUAAAGAAAAUGUGGUUAUGUUUUUAUCAGACAUGUCUGGAAGAUCACCUCUUUAUAAAAAGGCAUUUGUAUUCUUUAGUUCACCAGUUCCCCGAGAAUUGGUUAAUCACAUUAAGAAUGAUGGAAGUGUCCUAAGGCGCAUAGGCUCUUUAGUAGAGAUGAAUUUAGAGUAUUUUGCUAUAGACAGUCAGGGUUUUAUUACUGACAAUGAAAGGGCUCUAGAGGAACUUUUUGGGGAUGAGGAGGGUACUAGCAGAACUACAAUGUGUUUGAAUGUGAUGGCAACACGAAUUGCUACAGUUUUCGCUUCAUUGCGUGAAUUUCCUCGUGUUCGCUACCGUUCUGCUAAAUCCCUCGAUACAGCCACAAUGACGACAAUCCGUGAUUUAAUUCCUACCAAACUUGCUGCUGGUGUCUGGAACUGUCUUGAGAAAUAUAAAUCUCAGCUUCCUAACUUUCCCCAGAUGGAAACAUGCGAUUUACUUAUUGUAGAUAGAUCCAUUGAUCAGAUUGCUCCAGUGAUCCAUGAGUGGACUUAUGAUGCAAUGUGCCGUGAUUUGUUAAAUAUGGAGGGAAAUAAAUAUGUGCAUGAGGUUCCCGGCAAAGGGGAUGGUCCACCUGAGAAAAAGGAUGUCCUUCUGGAAGAUCAUGAUCCUAUCUGGUUGGAACUUCGUCAUUCACACAUAGCUGAUGCUAGUGAGCGGUUGCAUGAGAAGAUGACAAACUUCCUAUCGAAGAAUAAGGCUGCACAAAUUCAUCAUAGUUCAAGAGAUGGUGGCGAACUAUCCACACGAGAUUUGCAAAAGAUGGUUCAAGCUUUGCCCCAGUAUAGUGAACAAAUUGACAAGCUUUCUCUCCAUGUUGAUAUUGCUCAAAAGAUUAACAAAAUUAUUAGAGACACAGGGCUAAAAGAUCUGGGACAACUGGAGCAGGAUAUUGUUUUUGGGGAUGCAGGGACUAAAGAUUUAAUUACUUUUCUUAGAACAAAAUCGGAUGUUACCCGUGAAAAUAAGUUGCGGUUACUUAUGAUUUAUGCAGCAUGUCAUCCUGAGAAGUUUGAAGGUGAUAAACUUUCUAAGCUAAUGGAGUUAGCAAGGCUACCCCAUGAUGACAUGACUGCUGUGCAUAAUAUGAAGUUGCUUGAGGGAUCAUCAGAUACCAAAAAGAGCUCCUUUGGAGGUUUUUCUCUAAAAUUUGAUGUUCACAAGAAGAAACAUGGUGCUAGGAAAGACCGUGCUGGUGAAGAAACAAAGUGGCAAUUGUCACGUUUCUACCCAAUGAUAGAGGAACUUGUAGAGAAACUUGGGAAAGGUGAACUUCCAAGGAAUGACUAUCCAUCUAUGAAUGAUCCAAGUCCGACGGUCCAUGGGACUUCUGGGACUUCUAGGCCUUCUGCAUCAUUUCAUAAUAGUCAGUCUCCCGCUCCUCAUUCAAUGAGACAAAGAAGAGGAACGUGGGCCCAGAAGCGAGCUUCUGAUGAUGGAUACUCAAGCGAUUCAGUUUUGAGAAAUGCUUCAAGUGAUUUCAAGAGAAUGGGUCAACGCAUAUUUGUAUUUAUAAUUGGUGGAGCAACUCGUUCAGAGUUAAGGGCUUGUCAUAAGUUAACAGCCAAGCUCCAAAGAGAAGUUAUAUUAGGGUCAACUAGUAUUGAUGACCCCCCUCAAUAUAUUACGAAACUGAAGCUUUUAACUCAAGACUUGUCCCUGGACUUGGAUAGUCUCGAUAUAUGACCGGAAGGGCGCUGGAAAAUGGUUUGUCAUUUUCGUUUGCCAGUUUGUAAUAGUAUAGCGUGUAUAGAAGCAUCGCCGCGUCCCCAUUAAAUCCAUUCUUUCGACAAAUAUUGAACCCGUUAGCUCUGACAUGUAGUGGGUAUAUGAUUCUUCAGGAAUUCUCAAUUUGCAUAUUUGUUGUUACGAUUGACUCAUAUUGAACCCUUUAACAAAACCUUCCAAUUUUAUUCA